AUGUCGAGCAAUUCGUACUACUCAAUCGGUUUUUUGUUUUCGAUAUUUUUUGUUGCUUUGGUUGUUUUUGUGAAUGGAACUGUGAUCGAGAUUGAGUUUAUGACACUUUGUAUGACACGUCAUGAUGCAUGGGUAAGUUCCAAAAAAAAAAACAAAAAAAUGGCUGAUUUUCAAAGGAAUAAUGUAGAAAAGCAAUUUCGAUCUAUCGCACAUUUUCUUUUUUUGCGUGGAAUUUUGAAUAUUUAUAGAUCUACAAUGGUUAUGGAUGUUAUUGUGGGAUUGGAGGAAGUGGCGAAGUUUUAGAUGAAGUUGAUCAAUGUUGCGCAAAUCACGACGAGUGUUAUAAUCAACUGUACUUAAAUAAUACUUGUUGGAAUGUUCCUUUGGAAUAUUUACCAGUUUAUACGUGGAAAUGUGAUAAUCGAAACGUGCAAUGCACGGGAUUGAGUUAGUUUUUGAUAUUAUUAUAUUGAACGAGGAAGUUUUUGAAAAAAAAUUAUAGGCACCUUUGGCUAUCAGAUUUUACCUCACGAUUGCGGAUCGGGUUUAUGCGAUUGUGAUCGGAAAUUAGUCGAAUGUUGGGCGAAGUAUCCAGAACCGAAAGUCCAGUUAAAGUGUCCCCAUCCUCGUACGACCUAGAACCAAAUACUUUUCAAGGUUAUUUUCGUUUUGAUUUCAAAUAAAAUAAUAAAGUUUUCUGCUGUUUUUUUGCAAAUAAAAAUAAAAAUUUGAAAAAUAUUUCGGCACGAUCGUACGAAAAGAACAUUUGUGUAUUUCUCUCGGAAAAGCUGUUUUUUUUGUUCGUGUGUGAAUUUUUUGUUUUUUUGAAACGUAGUUUCGUCUGUUUGCACAACGCUCUUUGACGCGUGGCAAUUGAAAAACUCUUCGUUUUCAUUUUUAAAUUAAAAUAUUGAAAAAGAUAAAAUCUUUCAGGGUAUUUGAACGCAAUGAAUCGACCAAACAAUAAUUUGAAAUUAAUUUCGCUAGUGGUUUUGAUUGUUCAAACCACAGCAUUGGUUUUGACUUUGCGAUAUAGUCAGACACAGGUAUUUUUAAUUUAAUUUGAUUUGAUGUUUACCUUUGUUUUCAGAAAACCGUCGGACCUAAAUAUUUAUCGUCCACCGCUGUCGUUUGUGCCGAAGUUGUGAAAUUGAUCACUUGUAUAUUUGUUAUUUUCAAAAACAAUGGUGAGAUUUUCAUUAUAUUUCCUUCGAAGUUAGAACUUAAAAUUCUGUUAUAGGCUUCAGAUUUUCUGGAAUGUUGGAAGAACUCGAUAGCGAGAUUUUUGCCACACCACAAACUCGCGCAGAUUCACUGAAAGUUGCAGUUCCCGCAAUCAUGUAUGUUGUUCAAAAUAAUCUUCUUUUCUUUGCUCUGAAAAUGCUCGAUGCGGCAACUUAUCAAGUCACAUAUCAACUCAAAAUCCUUACAACUGCCUUUUUCUCGGUUUCAAUGCUUGGAAAAUCAUUGAAUCGAUAUAAUUGGAUUGCUUUGAUUUUAUUGACCGGUGGAGUUGCUUUGGUUCAAUAUCCAAGUGGUGAUAAAUCAAGUUAUGAGCCAAAAGUUGAACAUGAUACUUCGGAUAACUUUUUGGGACUUUGCGCAGUUCUUGCUGCUUGUUUUUCAAGUGGAUUCGCCGGAGUUUAUUUUGAAAAGAUUUUGAAAACUUCGAAAGUAUCACUUUGGAUUAGAAACAUUCAAUUAGGUAAGUUAAUCAUUCUGGUUUAUUGAGAAAAACCUUCAGAAAUAUUUUUCAGCAUUCUUUUCGGUGUUCGGAAGUCUUUUUGUUUGCUGGGUUUAUGAUUGGGAAGCAAUUAGCAAUGAUGGAUUCUUCAGAGGUUAUAACAAUAUAAUUUGGUUUGUUGUUUUACUUCAAGCUUAUGGUGGAUUGGUUAUUGCACUUGUUGUCAAAUAUGCGGAUAAUAUUUUGAAAGGAUUCGCUGUUUCGCUCUCAAUUAUUUUAUCGUCGUUGACUUCUUGGUUGAUUUUGGGAGAUUUGACUAUUACAACGUAAGUUUUUUUAAAAAAUGGAAUGCCUUUUUUAAAAACAUUUGAUGACCCCAAAAAAGGGAACAGUGACGUGGAAAUUCAACAUUUAAAAAAAAUUAAUUUUGAAACUAUUUAUUUUCCAAGAAUAUAUAUUAAUAUAUUCCCAACCGCACUAAAAUAAUAUUAUUAUAAAUCUGAAAAUGUAUUCUUAAAAAUUUAAAACUUGUAUCAUUCCAUAUGAGGAUUAUUGAUUUUUCCCAAGUUUUCCCCAAUAUUCCGAAUAGUCAUUGCUAUAAUGUCCCAAAAAUUAGGUGCUUCGAUUUUUUGAGAAACGACUUCGGGCUCUUCCGUUGUCAAAAUUUCAUUUGUUUUCGACGGCGGAAUUUUGCACCAAAUACAUUUAUUUGAAAUUGAAAUUGAAAUUAAAAAUAAACAGAAAAAUAUGAAACGUCUGAAAGUCAUCAAAACGAGUGUUUAUAUGUUUCAGAACAUUCACAAUCGGUGCCUCGAUUGUUAUCUUCGCAACUUUCCUAUACGGUUAUGAGCCCAAAAAAUCAGGCCCGGUUCACAGUGCCUAG